AUGUCACCAACAGGUAGCGAGAUUGACUAUUUCAGCGACAGUGAGUCGGAGCCACAGUGGACUGAGAGUCAAAGUGAGACGGAGGACGAGGAACCAAGCUUAAGGAGCCACGGCCCCGGUUCUGUGGACUAUUACGGAGCCUCCGACGAUGCCCCAGUUACUGGUUCACUGCCAGCAAAAGAUGCGAAACGCGGGCAGAGUACGAAAGAUCAAAAAACGUUGUCUAGGAAAACACAGCGACAUAGUAGCUGGCGUAAAGUCGAUGCUUCCCACCGUCGAAUGAAAGGAACACGACAAAGAAGGCCAAAAUAUGGUUGGGGGUGGGAUAUUGUAGGUCGUUUUCUACUGGGACAUAGGUCUAAAUCUAAAUAUCACCCGAAAACUAAGCCCUCAACCCGGUCGAAACAUUACGGCAAAGCGAACGAUACACAGAAGGCCCAUGUAAAGAAAAGAGUAAAAGUGGUCGAUACGCAUAUCAACGGGCCAGGAACACCUAAAAGGCCAUCCGUGUCAUCAUCCUCAUCUUCUGUGCCAUCCUUAGCCCUUGCAGUAACGGCAUCUCCUGUACCAUCUUCGACAGUAUCGUCAUCUUCUGUGCAACCGCCUCCUCAACCGUCGUCUUCUACUCAGCCAUCGUCCUCUUCUCAACCAUCAUCUUCUUCUGAACCAUCAUCUUCUUCUGAACCAUCGUCUUCUUCUGAACCAUCAUCCUCUCCUCGACCACCAUCUUCUCCUCAACCAUUAUCUACACCGUCACCACCACUUGCGCACUCAUCAUCUCCGCAGCCACUGGCUCUAAUAUCAUUGGCCCCUUUACCCUCGUCGACGACAUCAUCAUCUUCCAUGCCAUUAAUUCCUGUGCAGCCAUCAUCUCCUGUACAUCCAUCAUCUCCUGUACAUCCAUCAUCUCCUGUACAGCCAUCAUCUCCUGUACAGCCAUCAUCUCCUGUACAGCCAUCAUCUCCUGUACAGCCAUCAUCUCCUGUACAGCCAUCAUCUCCACAAAAGCCUACUACUCUGCGACCCGCACGACCACCACCUAACUUACCACUAUCUGCGACAUCAUCUUCUGCCCGUUCAAAUCCUGUACACUCUUCAACUACCCGGACGUCAAUUUCGCGACCGCUGCCUUCACCAUCACAGAUAUCUAUUGCAUCGCUAUUUUAUUCAUCUUCUAACGUGAACCCAUCUUCUGACGUUUUACCAUCUCCUGUGCUACCACUAUUAUCUCCUGCCUUGCCGUCGUCUGUGAAUCCGAUAUCAUCUCCUGCCUUAUCUUCAUCUACUGAAUCAUCAUCAUCCUCUGAAGAAUCUUCAUCUUCCGAAGAGGAGUCGUCGUCGUCGGAAGAAUCAUCGUCUUCUGAGGAUUCUUCAUCGUCGGAAGAAUCAUCAUCUUCUGAGGAGUCUUCAUCUGAUGAGUCAUCGGCAACAGUGGCAUCAAUGGUGGCAUUUGUGCGAGCGAGAAAGCGCCGACAAGAAGACAAUGAGGAACACGCUCAUCCCAAGCGGGCUCGAAGUGAAGCAUCAAGAAAGCGCAGGCCGGACCCAGAUGACUUUGAGCUUUGGCAGCCACGGCGCAAGCGAAGUCGACGAGAUAGCCGCAAGAGAAAGAGAGGAAGCGACUCAGAUGAGCCAGAGACAGACCGACAGAAGCGGGCUCACCGCGCUGAUUCGCGAAAGAGAAAGUUGGAUACUGACCAAGAUGAGUCAGAGACGGACGGACGAAAGCGUUUUCGCCGUGACGAUAGUCGGAAGAGAAAGCGUGCGACUGACUCAGAUGAAAUAGACACUGAUCGACAGAAACGCACUCGUAGUGAUUCUCAAAAGAGAAAACGUCCAAGUGACCGAGACGAAUCAGAGUCAGAUCGCUCUCGGAACAAGCGUACUCGACGCCCAAGACUCGUGUAA